AAAAAUAUUAUGGGGUUUUUACACCGACGGAUUUGACCAAUUACAGAUCCUUAUUUCGGCAGAUGAUCAUACGAUGUGCUUAAAAUAGAACUUUCUUAAGAAAGGUACAUGUUAGUAAAUAUAUUUUAAUAUAGUUUUAGUUGGUAUUAUUCGGUAACCAGCAGCAUUGUCUUUCACGAAUUUUUAUGUAAUAUUGAACUACAAACAUGCCGAGACAUAUGCCAUGGAAUUCCAGAAAAAAGAAAGAGAACAAACAACGGGUGGAGCGACAAAUGGAGAAUGAAGAGAGACAGGAAAGAAGAACUGGGAGUCAAACCCUGCAUGAACCUAAAUGGUACAGUACUGGAGAUAUAAACCGACAACCUCGUCGAUUUAAUUCCAUGCCAUCCAUAAAUGGUGAUGCACUAGAUUACAGAAUGUUACAUGAUUUGUUAGGUUACCAGUUACAGAAAGAUACAUCCAAUUCAAAAUCUCAAGAGCGGUUUGAUUUGAUAGAACAAAGACAAGAUUACACGAAUAGUUUAGUUCAGAAUUUAUGCCGGUCGGUUGAAUCCCUGUUACAAAUGGCGGACGAUGACCUAUUUUAUAAGAGUGAUUACGACGACUGUGACGAUGACCUUAUUUCAGAGGCUCCUCACAAAUAUGUGGUAAGAAAAAGUUUGUUGGAUUUGAAGGACAAUUUAGACACAAAAUAUAUCGUGGAUGAGCUUUAUGCCAGACACGCAAUUGAUGGCGACGAACUACAAUCGGUUCAGGGGCAAAAGACAGAUGCUAGAAAAACAAGACGCUUGGCGAUUAUUCUAGAGAGGAAACCACCAUCUACAUUUGAAGCAUUCCUUGGUGUUCUGAACGGCGAUGAACAGCUUGACUGGUUGCACGAAGAGCUGAAAAGAAAGUAUGAAGUUGCAAAACGAAGCGCCAAAACCAAAUGUUGUCAAUUCUGCUAUGUUUGCAAUAGUACCGACGUGAGAAACCUAGCCGACCAUAUGUAUUCAAACCGGUCGUUAAAUUUGAUGGAGUAUAAAUAUUUGGUGAAUGAUGCCGUUUCUGAAACUGAAAGAUGGCAAUCUCUUCGACAAAAGACACCAGAAAUGUCCGAGGCACGAGACGGCUUCAUUAACGCUCUUCAAGAUCUGUACCCUGAAGUUGAGAAGAAAAUCAGAUUUGGCUUUACAAUAGACAACGGUAAAUUCCAAUGUACCUGCUCUGAUCGUCACAGAAGAACAUCGAAGAAGUAUGAGCCAAGAACCAUCAAGAAGCGACCUGGUGCCAAAAUAGCAAGAGAUAUCGGACCAUAUGUCAAGGAAGAUGACCAAUUCACAAUAGAGAGGUUCUUAAGCGAAGAAAACGUAUCUAUCUCUGGAUCAGGCCUAGAUGCUGUUCCCGACAUUGUGGCCACCAAUCGUCCAAAGGAGAUGGAGUUGUCCGAACUAACUGCAGCAAACUCACCCAAGCCUUCACCUAUAGUGGAAGCCUCUCCAAUUAUAAGGCGUACUUCUGAAGAAGUUUUAGGUACAUCGGAAUUGAAAGAUGAUAAAAUUGACGAAACUGGAGCCAAAGCACUCGACACUCAGAAGGAAAACGUCACAUCCGAUAUCGGGAAAACAGAGAAUAUUCAAAGAGAAACGACUGAUGGCGAUGGUUACAAGUAUUUAUCAUUCGUUUUGGGUCUGGUAGUCCUGUUAUUGCUGCUUGUGGUCAUGACACCAAAUGACGCUGUAGCUCUAUUAGCUGUAGCUCCACUAGCUGUAGCUCUAUUAGCUGUAGCUCUAUUAGCUGUAGCUCUAUUAGCUGUAGCUCUAUUAGCUGUAGCUCCACUAGCUGUAGCUCUAUUAGCUGUAGCUCUGUUAGCUGUAGCUCUAUUAGCUGUAGCUCCACUAGUUGUAGCUCUAUUAGCUGUAGCUCUACUAGCUGUAGCUCUACUAUCUGUAGCUCUACUAUCUGUAGCUCCACUAGCUGUAGCUCCACUAGCUGUAGCUCUAUUAGCUGUAGCUCUACUAGCUCUAGCUCUACUAGCUGUAGCUCUACUAGCUUUACUGGAUUUAUGAAUUUCGUGAAAGAUGUCCCCCACAGAAUUCUGGAUGCAUGUUUACAGUCAAAUACCAUCUAAAGACCAAAAUGAAAGAUGUUUUUUAUUAAACAUGGUCCAACUGUGGAUAACUUGACAAUACUAUGUUUCAUUUGAGCCCAGCAUACAGUGUAUUUAGCGUAACUAGGUGUUGACUUUCCACAUCUUCACCUGAAGAACCAAUAUGCAGAUUCUCACUGUCAAAAUCUUCAGAAAAAAUCGGAAUGUAAAAGCUAACAGCCACACGAAAUGUGACAAAAAGAACCAAUAUAUUUAGACCACCGAAAGGUCAACAAGAAAAUGUUAAGUCAUUGCCAUUACAUUGUUCAGUGAAUAGGGGUCAACAUGCUUUAUUAAGUCAAGAGCAAAAUAAGAUGUUUUUUAACAAACCCGGUGAGCCCCAAUUUUUGCCAUAAUGUUUUAUUCACAUUUUAUUUGUUACAGUAUUUCAAAUUUUUAAAGAUAGUAUAUUUUAGGUACUAUUUAUUGUUAGUACCAACAGAGUAGUCAUAUUGACUGGAUGUUUCAGCAGUGUAUAUAAGAUGAUUAUUUUAUUAUGGUGUAUUAUUAUUUACUAUAAGUAUUCGUAUAACCGAUAUUAGAUCUAUGUAUCGAUUAAAUUUAAUCACAGCGAAUCUAUAU